AAGUACGGAAGGAACACAACAUGAAAAUGCUUCCCGGUGUCGGAGUAUUUGGGACUGGGAGCUCAGCCCGUGUGCUGGUUCCUCUGCUGAGAGCAGAAGGCUUCUCCAUCGAGGCUCUCUGGGGGAAGACCGAAGAGGAAGCCAAACAGCUAGCUGAGGAAAUGAACAUUUCCUUCUACACAAGUCGAACAGACGAUGUUUUGCUGCACCAGGAUGUAGAUCUGGUUUGCAUCAACAUUCCCCCACCACUAACGCGACAAAUUGCUGUGAAGGCUCUAGGAAUUGGAAAGAAUGUAAUCUGUGAGAAAGCCGCUACCUCUGUCGAUGCUUUCAAGAUGGUCACGGCUGCCAGGUAUUACCCCAAACUCAUGAGCAUUGUGGGCAACGCUCUGCGCUUCUUGCCAGCUUUUGUCAGGAUGAAACAGUUAAUCGACGAACACUACGUCGGCAACAUCCUGGUCUGUGACGUGCGUGUGUAUUGGGGAAGCCUCCUCAGCCAGAAGUACAACUGGAUUUGCGAUGAGCUGAUGGGUGGGGGCGGCCUGCACACGAUGGGGACGUACAUCGUAGACCUGCUCAGCCAUCUCACAAGCCAAAAGGCGGAGAAGGUCCACGGGCUGCUGAAAACUUUUGUCAAGCAGAACUCGGCCAUCAGCGGCAUCCGCCACGUCACCAGCGACGACUUCUGCUUCUUCCAGAUGCUGAUGGCGGGAGGCAUCUGCAGCACGGUGACUCUGAACUUCAACAUGCCUGGGUCCUUUGUUCACGAGGUCAUGAUUGUAGGGUCGGCUGGCCGCCUUGUUGCUCGCGGGAUGGACUUAUACGGCCAGAAGAACACGGCUCCCCAGGAAGAGCUGUUGUUGAAGGACACCCUGAAGAUCCACGCAGAGCUUUCUGAAAAAGAAUUCAAAGACAUCCCUCUCCUGUACCUGAAAGGGAUGGUCUACCUGGUGCAAGCUCUCCGUCUUUCCUUCCAGGACCAGGAAGACCAGCGGACCUGGGAUCCCAAACCGGUGGCAAUGGCAGCUUCCUUUGAAGAUGGUCUCUAUAUGCAAAGUGUCGUAGAUGCUAUUAAAAGAUCCAGCAGGUCUGGGGAAUGGGAAACGGUGGAGGAGAUGAUCGAAGAGCCUGAUGCCAACCAGAACCUCUGUGAGGCGCUUCAGAGAAAUAACUUAUAA